AAUGAUCGAUACUCUCUCUCUCUCUCUCUCUCAUGCUAAAACUACCCAUUCUUUUAACAAUACACGAACCGUGCUAAAAACUUCAGUUCUCUCUCUCUCUCUCUUUCUGGCAUGUUAACCUUGUGAGAAGCAGUUAUAUAAUCAAUCACACAGGCUUGAAUCAAACUAAUGCAGAGCUCUCUCCAACUUAGUUUGAUCAAGUAACGAACUUUCCCACAAAAUGGAACAUUUAGACACUGCCUUGGAUGAAUUCUGCAAAAUAGAAGAAGGUAGCACUAGUACUGGAAGGAUGGGCCGAAGGAGCUACAGUAAUGAUGACACGACAGAGUACAAGUCUAAAAACCUGCAUGCUGAGAGGAGGAGGAGACAGAAGCUCAGCGAUAGGCUCCUGAAACUAAGAGCGUUAGUCCCUCUGAUUACAAAUAUGAAUAAAGCAACUAUUAUUGAGGAUGCAAUUACAUACAUUCAGGAACUUCAGAAGAAUGUAAAGAUUCUUCAGGAACAGCUUUGCGAACUCGAAGCUUCUUCAUCUGAAGUGGGAGCAAAUCCAGCAAGCGAAGUAAAAGUUGAAGCCGCAGAAGAGAUGAAGGAAAGUGGGAUUCAGGUAGAGGCUGAGGUGACCGAAAUUGAUAGGGACAAACUUUGGGUAAAGAUCAUCUUCGAGAAGAAAAGGGGUGGAUUCACUACACUGAUGGAGGCCAUGAGUUCAUUUGGCUUUGAAUUCAUCAACACAAAUGUGACUACCUUUAAAGGAGCAAUGCUAGUUUCAUCUUGUGUUAAGGGAAUUUAUGGCGAAAAGCUUGCAGUUCAGCCAGCCAGGGAAUUGCUAUUAGAGAUCAUUAACAGUGUAGAGAACAACUGGGAGUAUUGCUGAUCAUUUGUUGAUCUCUAUAAUUAGAAAAAAAGCAUUUCGACUUUCACCUCCUCUUAAUUCCUGUGCUUGCUGAGGUAGCAUUUGGAGCUUUGAGAAAAUUAAAUGGUUAUUAUGUUUGGUGGCAAGUAAUUAGCUAA